AUGGCAAAGCAGUUUCUCCAUUCGCCGCGGGAGAUCAUCGGGACGAGGCCAUCCAUAACACCAGCUUCCGUACCGGUAAUGGCUUCAUCCUCAUCGUCACCGCACGUCUCCAACUAUCCCCCACUGCCCGAACAGGACGGCCACUACGCGCCCAUCUAUCCCAGCAGCGCGCAGGCGAUUGAUGGCCCACCUCAGCGCGUCAAUUACGCGCCGCAGGAACCCUUUCCCAAGCUCGCCAACAUCAACGAAGUCCUACAGGCCCAGCAAGCCCUUCACGCGAACCAUGCCUUGACCGACCAACGCCCGUUGCAGCCGCAUCCCCAGCUGCCGCCUGCGCAGCCACCGCAACAGAAGCCUAACCGGCUGCGCAAAGCGUGUGACUCGUGUAGCAUUCGCAAAGUGAAAUGUGACGAGUCUGGCCCGCCAUGUCAGGCCUGCGUGGCUCUCGAGAUCCCAUGCACUUUUGAGCGACCCAGUCGACGGCGAGGGCCUCCUAAUCGACACGCCGAAGCCAUCAAGAAGCGACGCCUGCACGAUGCGCAGUCUCAGACAGGCACGUCGUCGCCCCAGUCGCCCACCAAUGCCGCCCACGCGCUGGCCCAGCUGCAGUCGUCGCAAUUGUCGCAGCCAGCACAACUCUCUGCCGAGACCAUAUGUCCACUGCCUACCAUGAAUGCCCUCAUCGACGACUUCUUCACCUACAUCCACCCGCUCUGUCCGUUCCCUCACGAACCGUCCUUCCGGGAGGCGUGGGAACGGCGCGAAGACCUCAGUAAUCCAGCAUUUCUGGCAUUGCUGGCGUCCAUGAUUGCUACUCUUGUCUCCUCCUUUCCUCGGAAACCGCGCCUGCACCUCAAGACACAAUCCCGACACCAGUACCCCUCGCAUCUCUCUCUCGUGGACAAGUGCCGCGAAGUCUGUAGCCAAGCCCGUGGGCCUGGCUACCUCGAUCGGGCCAGUCUUAAUGUGUAUGAUGCAUGCACGAGUUACUUUCUGGGGUUGACAGGUGCCUAUGUCUUCCAAUGGCGUAAACUGAGGCUCUAUUUCGCCGAGUGCUUGACCAUCAUACGCUCGCUUGGACUGCACAAGGCGGAGGCUCAAGGAUAUACACAUCUAGGAAACGUGCCAACUGCGUGGGGUUCCAAUGGGCCAAAUUUCGACGGCUCACGCGAUUCUAAGCUUGAUCAUAUAUCCGAGCAAAUUGGCCGACGCCUCUUUUGGACCGUCUUUGCAGGCGUACGGACAAUACAGCAACUAGGUGCUUCUUUUGGAGAGCUCACCAUUGCUCCAGCAACACCGACGGAGCCGUUACCUCCACUACCUGUUCAAGUAGACGAUGUACACAUCUUCCCGAACGAGAUUCAGCCUCAGCGGCCUGGCACAGUCUCCCUGAUUACAGGUUUCAACUUAAACGUUCGGGUUUACUUGUCCUAUUCAUCGUUGGUUACGGCGGAAAUGGCUUUUGGCAUCGAUGAAAUCUUUGACUGGGAUCGUCAACAACGCAUAUUCGAGCAGAGCCUGCAGCGCUGUAGACAGGUCCUCGAAACAAUGCCAGAGAUGCUCAAGGUGCAACCAAAGGCUGCAAAAGAAGGCGGGUUUAUGCAGGGGAGGCAGCCUUAUAUUCCUCCCAUGCCCGAAUACUCGAACCUGAGGGAACCAGCGUUGAACAGUCUCAACAACCCUAACCUUGGUGAUACCCGUCGUUACGAGAUUCAGAAAGCCAAUAUUUAUGCUAGCCAUCUGGCGACUCGAUCCUAUUUGGUGGAAAAGUAUUUCUUGCAGCUGGACAAGUACAACAAUCUCAAACAGCAGGGGGCCCUCGCCAGCUCACCAAAUGUGCUUGCAGCAGGCCUAGAUCGGUUUGCGCCAGGAGUAGGUCCCCAUGAUGAACAACUAGAACAACUCAUGUCCGAGGAGCGCGAACAAGUCGUAAAAGACCUCCUGGUGGUGCUUGGAAGCAUCGACAUGGUCAAUAUGGAGCCUAAUGGCGAUUCCUUUACACAGAAGAUUCGAUCAAUUGCCAGUACUCUGCUCGAAGUUCCCAAGGAGAGACGGGGCAGUGUAGCACUUCAGCAUCAGGACUACCUGUAUAAGUUCCUGGAUAUCCUGAGUAAGUUGGAGCGGGUAAGCCCCGAAACUAGCGAUCCGAUGAGCAAUACGAUAGAUGAGGAAACGGAGUUGCGGCUCUGGGCUGAUUUGAGAGAUCAUCAGUUGAAAUUCCAAGAGCAGGGUGGUGUUUAUGGGUUUGCUUGA